AUGGAACAAAUAUUAUAUGGUAUAUCUAAAUUUUUUAAAUAUAAUUUAAUAUUAAAUCAGAUUGAACAAACUGAACAAGUUCAACAAUUCAUGAUUGAUCAAAUAAAGUAUAAUGAUAUAAGUAAAAAAUUAUACGCAGUUAUACAUAACAAUAGUAAUGCACAAUAUCUAGUCGAAAUUAAUACACAAACCUUACAAAUUUAUCAGAUCGUGCAAGUCGUUGUCAGGACAAAAAAUUUUGAUUAUAAUGUCUGUGGCUUUGGUUAUAUUAAAUCCGUUGGUUUAAUUGCAUUAUGGCAAUAUAGUAUAAUUACACCCAUGGUAUUCAUAAAAGUAAAUGAACGAAGUAGUAAACAAAUACAAAAUGUAACAAUAACACCAAAUGGUGUAAGAAUUGCUGAAGGAUAUAAACCAUUUCCAACAGAUUUAGAAAAUAGACAAUUUUACGUUUUAUCUUGGACCGAUAAUUUAUUAGCAACAUAUAUUUCAAAAAUUAAUUUUGAUACACUGCAUGUGAAUAUAAGAACAACGUGUGUACAUGAAUGGAUUUAG